AUGGCAGUUGCUGCGGCUAUGCACCGCCUGGCAUUGCUGGGACGCCGCCGAGUAGCACGGAGCAUCGCGGCCACGCUGCUGUUGAUUGCGGCUUCCAUCUUUCUACGACUUCGUCGCAGGCUCCGAGGCGUGAACAGCUUGCCGCGGCUUCUCAAGAUCCGUGGGCCGCCAGUCCAUGUGGACGGUACAGCGAGUACCGGAGAUGCGGCCAGCGCAGGUGAAGUGGCAGCCAGGAAGGAAGCCGCCCCGCCCGAGGUGACCUGCGCCGUGCACAGUUUCGCCGUGUUCAACCUGGGGCGAGAACGUUUCGUCGUGACCCGAAGUGGUCGACAGGCCACGUGGUAUGGCUCGAGAUGCUGUAAGGCACUGAGCAAAGGCAACAGAGUGAGGUAUGCCUGCGGCGAAGUCGCGGAGCUUAUGGGUUUUGACGGAGAUGGCGACCUCAUUGUCCAGAAGAGCGACGGCAAGGUGGCUUGCUGGUACCUCGCUCGCACCGAGAGGCUGUUGAGCGUAGGGGAUCGCGUGACAUACGUUUGUGGCGAAGUGGCGAGCGUGGUCGGCUUCGAUGCCGAUGGCGACGUGAUUGUCCUCAAGCAGAAUGGCCGCCAAGCAACCUGGUUUGCGCACAAGUGCACGUGA